AUGCUUUUGAGAGAAGCCAUGAAUGAUCCACUUAUAUGGAGGUACAAAGUGAUAAUUCUUGAUGAGGCCAAUGAAAGAUCAUUAGCUACAGAUAUGUUGCUUGGGGUUCUAAAGGGAGUGUUGAAGAAAAGACCUGAUCUUAAGCUGGUUGUAAUCAGUGAUACUCAUGAGGCUGAAAAGUUUCAAGCUUAUUUCUUUGGUGCACCUUUGAUCAAACAUCCUGGUAGACUUCAUCCUGUUGAAGUUUUUUACACCCAGGAGCCUGAAAGGGACUACCUUGAAGCAGCAAUCCGAACAAUGUUGCAAAUACAUAUGUGUGAACCUCAAGGUGACAUACUCGUCUUCCUCACUGGAAAUAAAGAGAUAGAAGAUGCAUGUCACAAGAUAACAGAAGAAGUUUCCAGAAUGGGAGAUCAAUUAGGGCCAGUGAAUGUUGUACCUCUGUAUUCUACACUCACUCCAUUGAUGCUGAACAAGAUAUAUGAACCUCCUCCAUUUCCAUUAACUAAGGGUGGUCUUGCUGGAAGAAAGAUUGUAUUUUCAACAAACAUUGCAGAAACUUCAUUCACCACAGAUGGGAUUGUUUAUGUCAUAGACCCUGGAUUUGCAAAGCAAAAAGUCUACAAUCCACGAACGAGGACCAAUCAUGGUGCUAUGAGAACUUUAUUGAUUUUAGGGCGCUUAAAUCUGUAG